AUGGCUCCUUCUACUAUUACCGAGCACAUUGAUGAUGUCUCUGCCCUCAAGGCCAGGGCUGCGUCCAAGUUGGCCGAGGUAAAUGGCACCACGGAACGGCCUCCAGUCGCAGAUGAUUACAUGUACGACUUCAAGUUCAACCAUGCUCUGCCAACAACCAGUGUCCUCGGCGUCAGGAUUCCCCAGGACUGCGACGCAAAGGCCGAGGCCGAGGGCAUCGUCAAACGACUGUCUGACGCUUUAGGCGCUGGGAACGCCGAAGCAUUUGCAGACCUCUUUCUCGAGUACGGCGUAUGGCGUGACAAGCUUUCAUUUACCUGGGACCAGAGAACCUUCAACUUCCGCCCGGCCAUUCUAAAGGCUGCCCAGGACCUUCUUCCCACGACCAAAGCCUUCAAUUUUGCCUUUCUCAAACCCGCGCCCUCGAUUGAGCGGCCUUAUGAUGACUUUGAGCUACUACAGUUUGUCGUGUCAUUUGAGACAGAGCUCGUUGUCGCUUCGGCCGUCAUCAAGGCUGUGCUGUCGCAAGAUGGCUGGAAAAUAUAUACAAUGCACACCGUUGCCGAGCAACUCGAGCAAUGCCCAGAACGUGCUCCUGCUGAUGGCCACAUGACGGGGACAACUAGUUGGGAGGCUCAGCGUGCGGCUGAAGUGGACGCGGCCGAGCCAGAAGUUCUGAUCAUUGGUGGCGGACAAAAUGGUCUUGCUCUAGCCGCGCGGUGCAAAGCGAUCAAUCUCGACUGUCUGGUCAUUGACCGCGACGACGAGGUCGGCGAUGUCUGGAAGAAGAGAUAUGAGUACCUCUCUCUCCAUUUCCCCCACUGGGCAGACGAUCUACCCUACUUUCGAUACCCCAAGCAUUGGCCCACAUAUACGCCUGCACAGAAGCAGGGCAUAUACAUGGAGUGGUACGCUUCCGCGCUAGAAUUAAAUGUUUGGACAAAGUCCACCGUCAUCGAGGCCGAGCAAGACGAGCAAGGCGGAUGGACGGUUACGAUCAAUAAGGGCGGCAAGGAAACUAGGACAGUGCGUCCCAAACACGUCGUCAUGGCCACCUCCCUCUGCGGCGUCCCUUACCUUCCUGAUAUUCCUGGCAUGGACCAGUUCAAGGGUGGUGAGAUACGACAUUCCUCCGCUCACGACAGCUCGCGUGACUUUGUUGGCAAAAAGGUCUGCGUGGUAGGCACCUCUUCCUCGGGCUUUGACACUGCAUUCGACUGCUCCCGUCGCGGCAUUGACGUGACCCUUUUGCAACGCUCCCCCACCUAUGUCAUGUCGCUCACACACUCUGUACCUCGGAUGCUGGGUGGGUUCGGCCCCGACGCCAAGGGUAACCGUCGCGAUCCCGAGGAGCACGAUCGCAUCUUUUUUUCUACCCCGGUUGGACCGGGCGAGGAGCUCAGUCGGCGCAUGGCGGAGAAGCUUGAGGAUCUCGACAGGCCUCUGCUUGACGCUUUGAACGCUAGAGGUUUGCGGACGUGGCGCGGCCAGAGGGGCACAGGAAACAGCACCCUGGGCCAGACCCGGAACGGUGGCUUCUAUUUCGAUGCUGGUGCGUGUGAACACAUAAUAAAUGGAAAGAUCAAGGUCGAGCCGGGCUAUAUUGAGAGAUUCACGAAUGACAAGGUCAUAUUGAGCGGUGGUCGGGAGCGCGAGUUUGACCUCAUCGUUUUCGCAACGGGAUUUUCAAACCUUAACGACUCGAUUCGUGACACACUAGGCCCCAAGGUUGCCAAUAGCGUUGGUCCAGUGUGGGGCAUUGAUGAAGAAGGCGAGUUCAAGAGUGCUUUCAGGGAGACGGGAGUACACAACCUCUGGAUUAUGGUUGGUUUCCUUCCAAUGACUCGUUUCCAGUCAAAGGUCCUUGCACUUCGGUUGAAGGCACUAACAGAAGGCAUUUCUCCGCCCCCUUACAAGGUAUGA